AAAAAUCUCCUCUCCUUUUGUUUCUAUUCAAUACUCGGCCUCCUACUGCUUUUCUCUUUUGCAACUUGCUCUUGUUUACUUCUUCUUCAACAUUUAGCAUCUUUUACCCACUUCCAGUUGUCUCAAGUCUUAAAACGGCAAAAGACCACUAGUGCUAGCUAGCUGCUGUUUUUCCAUUUUGGUUUACUUGUAAAUCAAUCCUGAUGAUGGCUAUAGUUACGUUCUACACUAGUACUCCGUGUUCUAAUUAAUUUUCUAUUUAGCUUCCCUACUCAUUUUCUAAGGUUGUUUUUUUCCGAUCCGCCAAAUACUGCAACUUACUAGAUCCGAUUGAUUUAUAGAUUGACGCUCAACUAUUGUUAGUCGAACCAUUUUAAUCUGUUGCAAUUUAGAAUAGAUGGAUUUUAAUUAUAGUUUGGGAUUGAGCCGCGGUGAAUCUGACAGUGAUGCUGGUGCAAGUUCCGGAGGCGGAGCUCCAGGAACUUCUUCAAAUCGCCGGCCUAGAGGCCGUCCGCCUGGAUCUAAAAAUAAGCCCAAGCCUCCAAUAAUCGUCACCAGAGAUACGCCUAAUGCACUCCGAUCUCACGUGCUUGAAGUUUCUACUGAUGUUGAUAUCAUGGAAAGUAUCUCCAAUUACGCAAGGCGGAGAGGGAGAGGUGUUUGUAUUCUUAGUGGUAGCGGCACUGUUGCCAACGUCAACAUCCGUCAGCCUGCUUCCCCUGCUGCAACUGUAGUCACUCUUCACGGACGUUUCGAGAUACUAUCCCUCUCAGGUACGGUGCUUCCUCCGCCUGCACCGCCUGGCUCCAGCGGAAUCUCUAUAUUUUUGUCAGGUGGACAAGGACAAGUUGUUGGAGGAUCCGUUGUAGGGCCUUUGAUGGCAUCAGGUCCGGUCGUUUUAAUGGCUGCCUCUUUUGCUAAUGCUGUAUUUGAACGACUUCCGUUGGAGGAAGAAGAUGCUGCUGCUGCUGCUAAUGCUAAUGCUUCUGGUGUUGGUGUUGGUGUUGGUGUUGGUACCCCUACUACACAGGUACAGCCAGCUGCCUCACAGUCAUCAGGAGUAACCGGUGGUGGAGAGGCUGGAACUGGCGAAGGUGGAAAUAUGGCUUUUGGGAAUAAUUACUCAUUCUCAGCUGAGUUGCUUGGAUGGGGUGGCAAUGCUGCAAAUGAAAGGCCCCCAUUUUAGUAUAUACAUUGCAUUGCAAGUUAGAGUGAACCAGUUGCAUGAUUUUCGUGAGUGUUAAUAAUUACUACCACUCAAUUAGCUUUCAUAUGAUUAUAAUAGUUUGGAUCAAAGAUAGAGUCGAUGGAGUAGCUGGUGCAGAAAAUAAUAGGAAUAUUUGCAUAGCCAGUUGUGGUUAGCAAACACUACAUUUUUUUCAAUUCCACUAACGGUAUUGAAGCGAGAGGCAAUCAUAAUUUACUAUGAGGAAGAAAUUUGCAAUUCAAGGGCAAAGCAUUGAGAGCAUUAUUCCAAAGGUGAGUGAGUAGCUACCUUGCAUUUCAUGUCUAUAUAAAUGAAUAAAUAUAUAGUGUUUGUACAAGUACUAUAUAUCACACCUAACAAUGCUAGCUCAUCUUGAUUGUCUAAACUUCAUGUGCCGUUUUCCAUUGAUUUUUUCAUGUAUCUA